AUGAAAAAUAAUUUAAAAAAUGGUAAUGAUAUGCAUAAAUGCAAAGUUCGUAUAAUUACUAGAGUUAUACUUAGUAUGGUCGCCGAGAGAUUUUCUGUUCAGUUAUGUAUAGAAGGUCAGCACAUACCUACGAAUAUUCCUAUUCAGCAUGAAGAAGCUAUUACACGUCUUAAUCUAAGAAGAAGUAUAAGGGAUCAGGUUAUUUUAAGUCAGAGAGCAGAUGGGUGUACUGCAAAAGAAGUAAAGCUCAAACUUCUAGCUCCAUUUAACGAUGCAUCGAAAGAACAGUUAGAGAUAGAAGAAAAAUAUAGAACUAACAUCUGUAAUGAAAAAAAACUUCAACAACUAUUAGAACGAAACAAUAAAUAUAUUCGUGGUGAUCUAGGUCCGUGGACUAUAUUAUAUGGAUUAAUUAUAGAUGAAUUAAAAAAAAAUGGCUCUGUUCUUUAUUAUCAACAAGAAGAUCAAGCUGCUCCUUUAAAUUCACCACAACAUUAUUAUCAACUUACUGUAAGUGAUAAUAUGUGGUUAGAACAAGCACGCGAUUAUGGUUCAUUCUGUUUUGGUAUUGAUGCAAAAUAUGAUCUUAACAAUGAUCGGGCACCUAUUCAUGCUUUAGUAGUAGAAGAUUGUGGAAACUGUGGUACACCCAUAGGAUUUGCUUUAUCUAAUAAGGAAAAUAUGCAUACAAUAAGACUUGCUGUUGAGGCAAUAAAGGCAAAUAUACCUUGUCGAAAUGUAGAUUGUGAACAUCCAUAUGAAUAUAUUACACUACCAAAUAAUAAAGGAUUUAAGCACAUACGAUCAUGUGCAAUUGAAUGGAAACCUUUUGCAGUAAUGAACAAACAUCGACCAACAAAGGCUGCAUUGAAACCUAUUAUUCGUGAUACAAUCCUUUUUUGGUUCCAUAUAAUGCAGACUUUUAGGAAUCAUUUUCGAACACAAAAAAUUGAUUGGAGUCUACGUUAUCCAAUAGCAUUGGCAUUUAAGAUUGUAGGCCGAUGUAGAAGUGUAUUCGAAGCAAAAGAAAUGGCUAUUGAAUAUAAGAGUUUUAUAUAUUCACUUCCAAUUUAUAUAGAGGCAAAAGCGUUUUUUGUACGUAAUCUUAAAGAGAAUUGGAUAAGUCAAAAGUGGAUUCUUGGCUUUAUAGAUGGUGGGCGUUUACCAAAUUAUGAAGAUGGAACUAAUGUAAGGCCAUGGACCACUAAUAAUUUUACUGAACGAAUGAACAGAACUAUUGAGGAGCGAUAUUCGGGUAUUCAAACAUUAGUUUUUAAUGCAGGACUUGUUACAUAUUGGAACUCACGUACUAUUGAACAUCAAAAUGGACUAUAUAGACCACAACCAGAUAUAGUACAUCGUAUUAACCAAGGAAGAUUGAAAGUGCUACAAAACUAUGUUAUUGAAGUUCCAGACAAGCAAAAUUUAUUUUAUGUACGUAUGAGCAAUUCACAGCAAAACACUUUUCGAUCUCCAUAUACAGCAGAUAAAAUUAA